GAGUGAGCAUCAAUGCAGACUCGCUAUUUAAGGGCUGAACAGUCCACUCCAUAGACAUAUGGUCCACUCCCCCUCCGCACUACGCGGUUUGGGACGGCCCAUAAUAUGGAGGACCCUCCGCGGGAACGCGCAAACGGAGGGGUAGUGUGUAGGGAUAGUGUGUUGGGGGCGGUUUGGGAUUCAGCCGGACGUCUUCGGCGGGCCGUGGCAUCACUGUAAUCGGCAGUGAAACGGACUGAUUGACCAUCCACAAUCACCGGUGUUUUCCUGGCAAGUCCCAAAAUCCGGUCCCUGUCAGCGAAGCGGAGACAGUUCAGUAUCAAAGCCCGUGGAGGACCAACGCGGUGUGCGCGCGUGAGCUCUGGGGGGUUGAAGGCUAACUCCGGGAACCAUUUAGGAAGGCAGCUCAUCAGGACUUCCAAAAAGAAAAUGAAGAAAUUUUUGGCUUUACUCUUUUUCUGCCAUGUCACAUAUUCAGUGAAACACUCCUUGAUAUUAUUCUCCACUGGAACUUCUGGAGUCCCAGACUUCCCAGAGUUUGUGGGUUCUGCAUCGGUUGAUGGAGUUCAUGUGGGUUACUGUGACAGCAACACCAAGACGGCUAAACCCAAAGUGGACUGGGCGAGACAGUUCAUAAAAGAUGACCCAAAACACCUGGAGUGGUACGUUAACAGAUGUUAUGAAAGCCAGCACUUCUUCAGCGCAACCAUUGACAGCUUGGUGAAACGCUUAAACCAAACCGAGGGUGCUCACAUCCUACAGCAAAUGCAUGGCUGUGAAUGGGAUGAUGAAACUGGAGAAGUCAGGGGUUUUAAUCAAUAUGGAUAUGAUGGAGAAGACUUCAUGUCUCUGGACCUGCAGACACUGACAUGGACCGCUUCAAAACCAGAGGCGUUCAUCACCAAACUGAGAUGGGACGCAGACAAAGCUAGACUAGAGGACAAUAAAUACAAUUUACUCCACGUGUUCCCUGACUUGCUGAAGAAGUAUGUGCAGUCCACGAGGAGUUCCUUGCACAGAACAGUGUCUCUCCUCCAGAAGACUCCCUCCUCUCCAGUCACCUGCCACGCUACAGGUUUCUACCCCAACAGAGCCGACUUGUUCUGGAGGAAAGAUGGAGAGGAGCUUCAUGAGGACGUGGACAAAGGAGGGAUCCUCCCCAACCAUGAUGGAACCUUCCAGAUGAGUGUUGACCUGAACAUCUCAUCAAUCACUCCUGAAGACUGGAAGAAGUACGACUGUGUGUUUCAGCUGUCUGGUGUCAAAGACGACAUCAUCACCACACUGGACAAAUCAGUGAUCAGGACUAACUGGGUUCCUCCAUCAGGGUUUCCUGCUGGUGCUGUCAUUGGAGUAGUUGUAGGUCUGCUGUUGCUGUUGCUCUGCAUCGCUGGACUCUUGAUCUGGAGAAAGAAGACUAAUGGGUUCAGACCUGCUAACACCUCAGAUUCUGCAGACAGACAUUCAGAUCCUAACUCAUCACAACUCUCAGAGAAGACAGGAGGAGGAGAGUAAACUCCAGUGAAGUUGGGAUUCUGUCAAAAGCCUUAAUUGACUCUGUUUUGCAAUUAUUAAGCCUCUUCAACUGACCCGGGUUGGACACUGUUGUCUCUCCACUUUCAUUUUGUGUCCAGUAUUGUGCAAAAUGUGGACACUUUGUUUAGUUUCUUAUCCAUCAGACAAUAACAUCUGAUUGGUUCUAAGUCUGACCACAGGUACGAGAACAACUUUAUUUGAUUAUUGCCACAGUUUGAACACAUACUGCAUGUCUACAAUAGACUCUUCUGUAUAAAUAAAUAAUAAUAAAUAAGUAUAAAUAUCCAUGAAAUACUGUUUACAGAUUAUAAAAUAUGUGUAUUCCUUUGCCAUCAUUGUCCAAACACACAUUAGUGUCAUAGCGGCUGCUGUUGUAUUUGUGGUAUUUUUGUGUCUUUUUCUUUCUCCUUUAUGUCUCCUGCUCAGUUUUCUGUUGUGGGUGUUUCAUCCUCUGACUGCUGCUUUCUCACCUGCUCCUCCUCUAAUAUCAAUCACCUGAAGCUGAUCCAUUAACCUCCUUCCACAGUAGAAACACACCGGUUCUCAGAUCACUCUUCAACAGAUUGUCUUUCUACUUCUUGUUGCCAAAUUUUCCAGCUAUUCCCAAGUUUGCUCUGCUUGUGUUUUCAUGUUUUACGCAUAUUUCUCUCGAUGAGGGCACUGGACAGCUCUUUUAGUGACACACUCCGUCACCAUGGGUAUGUGAAGGAGCAUUACUACAGGUCCUUCCUUCCUGCUGGUAUCAGAUUUUAUAAUCAGCACUGCUCCCAACAGACCACACACACACACACACACACACACACACUCACUCACAGUUUGCAAACAUUGUCAUGUGCAAAUGCAAUCAAAUGCAAUUCAUUGUCAAUAUCUUCUUAAAUUUGUGUUUGGUAUUCUUGUGUUCUUCAGUUUUUCCAUAUUUGUAUUGUGUAUAUAUAGUGCAUAUAUCUUAAUUCUUUAAUUUAUAGUUGUGUUUUCUUGAUUUUUCCUACUGUCACUUCGCUGCUGCGGCAUUGCAAAUUUCCCCUUGUGGGACUAAUAAAAGAUAUUUUAUUUUAUUCUAUUCUAUUAAAUAUAGAUCCUUAUCAAAAAUUAGUUUCCAUUUACUGGUUAACUUAACUCCUUUUGUAUGAUGUCCGUUGUUCCUGGUUUUUGCUGUUUAUCUUCCUUAGUUGGAUUUGUUGCCACACAGAUGGAUCACUUGUACAUUACCCUUGACUUGCCUAAUAAAGACCUUUGUUUUUGGUUUCCCAUGUCCAGCUGUUCAGUCAAACUAAACACCAGGCUAAGCGCUGAUUUCAUGAACUCAAAUUCACAAUUCAUGGGUUCUGAGAGCAGUUUUUUUUUAAAAUAUUGGUAACAGCACUCUGAGGAAACGAUUUAGAUAUUAGAAUACUGUUAUCUCCACAUGUUUGUCAUGCAAUUAUUUUUUGUUUUUAUUGACAGAUAAUCAGGGUAUUAGUUCAUGCAAGUUAUCAGUAACCUGAAUACAUUAAAUGUCAUUGUGCAGAAAAAGUUUUAAAUAAAAUAUAAAUGAAAAUACAAUGUCCUGAACACUCGUAUUCCCCAGUGUGCUAAAUAUUAGAAUAACAUAAGAGUUCAUAAAUCACACAGUGGGGAAGUUUGCAGCAGCAAAUGAUAAAAGGACAAAUGUGUUAAGAACAUCAAUACAAAAUGAAAAUAAACCAAACACACAUAA